GCGAAGAGAAUCGACGUCAAAUCAAUUUUGUACCGUAAUCACUUCGCUAUCUGACGAGGAACCAGUGAGUUCCGGUAGUCCUUUGACUGGGACACUUCACUGGAACGCGACCACGGCCGCGGUUCACUGAAGCCGUUGCCGGGUACGCGAUAAGCGUUUUUGCCAUUUCUGGUCAUCUCUGUGUUUCUGAUCCUCUCUGCGAUUCAGUGACCUCUUAGCAUGUGCAGCAUUCUAGUUUUCCGUGGCGAAAAGUCAAUGAGCCGUUUUCUCGGCGUUAGUCACUAUGCCUUCUCAGUGGCCCUUGCCCCCCCCUUCUCUGAAAGACACGGACUUUUCCUGGGGUAGCACUUUGUCUCGUCUAGGUAAACAGCCCUCUCGGUCUCUUUUGCUGUCCCACGCUUCUGCCGUCGAGUGUAGCGUCCCUUGAGCGAAUGUGCAAUCUAUUUUUUCAUUCGUGGAGAAACGACGGCGUCAGUUUGGUCUGAACCCCCGUUGAUUUUCCCGUGGGCGUGUUUUCUGGGCGCCCUUUAUGCCUUCCGCGUACAUCCCCACUGUUUCCGCCAAACUUCUGGCAAAAUGGCGGGCUCGUCCUCCCAGCCUUUGGAUGCACACGUUUAUGUCCCGCGUUCUGGUUUUUUCUCACGCGUUCUUGUUCGCUCACUCCUUACCCUCGUAACUCUCCUCGUUUGCCUCACCCCGUCACCCUCCGACGCAGCAGGCAACGCAGCCCCGCAAGAAGCAGAGUACAUGAGCCGGUCGGAACUGGCAGCAGGAACUGGCCUACGAAUUCCCCCGAGUACCAAUCCCCAGUUCGGGCAACGAUGUGAAGCGUUUCGCGGGCCGGAUCCGUUCUGGUCUAGCCCGCCGGUCGGAAGUCACCAGUACUGGCAGCUGAGCGUGUCGCCUCCGCGCACGAAUCCACCUUUGGCGGAUUUGCGGUCCUACAGCACCGUGGGUAUGUACGAAGCGACUCCACAAGUCUCUUUGUUUCCACCAGCGGAGGGGCUGUCGGGAACUGAGAGGGUUCGCGCACCGGUGCUUCAGCCGGCCCCCUGGCUGCAGCUGCGGGCAGAUAGCACGAAGGUACCGAUCAAGCAAAUCAGCAAAUUCCCGCAGGUGGAACAAGCCGCAGAAACGAUCAUCAUGUGGUGUCUGCGGGAAGCCGUGAACCGAUCCGGAGGAGAGGGGAGUGACCCCGCGAGACUCGCGGCAGCGGUUCAGAUUCUACGAGAAAGUGUCGACUUGCGCGAACUUCUGAGGCAGAACAGCCAGGAGGCACUGCCUGCGUUCAGCGCCCUUUUCGCAACCGUAGCAAAGGAGUUACCAGGCCUGGACGUUCGAAUGUUUCGCUUCUGGGUUCUGGCUGCGAACUCCAAGGGACACGAAAACGAACCGGAGGACAUGUAUGUGGCUUCGAUGGAGCAGGCAAGGUGGACGCUGGCGAACGCGCUUGUGCGAACAGCUCUCCACCUCGAAGAAGAAACUGUGGACGAGAAACUCGUUGACUGCGACCACCUCACAUUCACAGCAUACUCGGCCAAGCUGCAAAAAGUUUUCCCCUCGAAAGAGACCAAAGUUCGCUUCUGCAGCAUCAGCGUCAGCGGGUGGAUCCUCUACGCGGCUCACCGCUUUCUGGAAGCUGCAAAGGCCGCCACGGAGAGCGGGGACAGCCAAGCUGCCGCUGCAGUCCUUUCCAUCCAAGAAAGUGUGAGAAAGUGUCAAGGAACGCAAAACGAUGUAAAGACCUUGUGGCCCGUCUUCGAGCAGUACCGGUCUGCAGCGCUAAGCGGACCACCCGCAGAAACGACCGCCACACAAGAAAGCUAACUCUGCAGAGCGGAGGAAAUAUGGGUGACCUAGUCAGAAACUCGAGGCAAAAGAAGAAGCACGCUGCCCACGUUUCGUGGAGGUGAACGCGAAUCGAAUUCCCGCGACUUCGUGCACUCAAAUAGGAGGUGCGGAAGAAAAGGGAUUAGCUAUUGUUCUGCGAAAAAUGGAAGGCGACAUCGACGAGAUACCGACUAAGUUCCAUAACGCGACUCAAAAGCGGCACAUUAUCCUGGGGUUGAAGUAAAAAAACGCGGAGUUUUGCGGGACUCACACGUUCUGCACAAGAUUCUACUCUCAGUUGCUGGCUGCGAGGCGCACAGCGGAUAAAGGUAACACCACGAAACGCUAGAAACGCUAAAAGUUCACCGUUGGUGGUCGUUCCAGUUUCCCCUCUUUGCUGUCAAAUGUUCGUGGAAGACGCCCGCCCCGAAUUCGCGUAGAUCUGAAGCAUAUAUUUCCCUCUGGUACGCACUACUGGAACAACUGAUAGGGAAGCGGAGACAGCACUUUUCUGCCUUCGACACUGUAGACAUGUUUGACUUCCUGAGGGGUUUUUCUGUGGAACCGACCGCUGCUGGCGGACCCAUCGUGGUGACGAGGCAGUUGCAUCCACCUUUCAUCGCUUCCUUUUUUUCCUGUUCUGGAACUGCGAACUCGGCACUUUUCUGUAUGUCUCGGAAGAAACGCCUGCGUGGUUAGUGCCCACUUCGACCGACAUAGUAAGUUCCAAAAAGAUGGUGACCUCCCACACAGGAGCAAGCUGAGCUGUCACCCCUUCCGUGUUCCGAGACAGAUGAGCUUAAUCUCGGGUGUUUGAUACCACACGUAGCAUCCAAUUGGUUUUUCCGUGGUAUGCGCGGCUUGAGAACGGCGACAUGGCCAGUGUCCACUGGGACGAGUUGUGUGUUUCACGGCUGGAGAUUGACGGAAUUCAUGAUGGAGACUGGUUUAUGCGUCAAUAACUCUUCAGCACUAAACUUGCCAAUUUGAUUCGAAC